CUCAUCUGCUACCUCCAUAGCUAGGUGGUUUUCUGUUCUUAUAAAGCCUUUUCAUCACGCAGAUAACCAUCUACAGUGAGUUGUCACGAUGUGCGGGAUGGCCUUUCAGUACCAUCAUGAAAGAUAUGGCAAAAGGCUGCGAUGACGGUGGCCUCCUCACAUCAUAUACGUGCUUCUGCACCGAUAGCUGCACGCACAUGUCAUCCAUCCUCAUCGUCGAAGUUUUUUCGAGCUGCGUACAGGAGCUUGGCACAGCAGAGGCCGGCGCUCAGGGCGCCAGCGCGCAAUAUCCUCUACCAAUACUAUCAGCUGGGCGUGCAGAGAGAGCUUGUUCCGGCGAAAAGAACGGAUGCGGGGUCUCGAGGCACCUCUGUACCUGCUUCCGCUUCCGCAAGUCCAGCAACGGCCCACGAGACCGACGCAUCUUCCGCUUCCGCAAGAAAGGACAGCAAAAGUGCAAUCUCUAGUGCGGAGGGCGUCAGUUUAUCAAUUGGUGACCUUGCUCCCGAAGGUAUCUGCAACUGAUUUUUCUCGCGUCGACGUCGGCUCAACAGAGACCUAAUGACGGCAUCCUACUUUGAGAAGGCAGAACUUGACGGUAAAUCGAAAGAUCCGGCCGAGUUAGCUCAUAACGAAAAAGUUGAGUUGCAAGCCGAUGAGCAACGAAGGGUUCGAGCGAGAUGCUACAUCACGUGGAUUGGCGUGAGAACAAUCCUUGUGGGAUCAAUUAAAUCUGGCC